CGAAUUUUGACCGGAGCCUUGAUAUGCAUGCAUUCUCUGUCACAGGCAACUUCACCGUUAAGAUACAAGCCGAGAUAGGGGAGCAACUGCACCUGGACGUGGAAAGAGAGCAGAAGUUGGCAGUGUGUGUGGCCCUGACUAGCUACCGGGCCAACGGCGUGACUGGUCAGGGAGUCUGCCAAACGAUGAUCAGAUCUAACGAAAACUGCCGUAUCUCUCCCCAAGACACGCUUAAACUCUACAAGGAGCCAGAGAACCUCUCUGCAGAUGAUUUAGCUUCCUGGGUUCUGCCGUUGGCGGCGUCCUCCUGUCGCCUUUCGUCGCUGACAGGAGGCAAGGGCUCACAACUUGCAAUGUUGAUUGAACUCACCAAACAGAGGGAUGUCGAGUUUGAAGUUCCCAACGGAGUUUGCGUUACGACAACAGCAUUCAACCGGCAUCUUCAGCUUCAUGAGAAAUUGCAAACCGCCAUUAAGACACUGAGCGAGGUGUCUUGUGGGAUACAAGAUGGCGAUUUGAAGACAUCAUGUGACAGCACUGUAGCAGUGUUCGGCGAAACCGAGUUGGCUGACGACAUGAAGAUGGAGAUUUCCCACCAAUUUCGUGAAGUCCUAGGAAGUCCCACGGAUGGUCAGUCGUAUGCCGUGAGAUCGUCGGCAGUCGGCGAAGAUACCCCUCAGAUGUCAGCGGCGGGACAAAUGGAGACCUACCUCGGCAUGGACUCAAUGGAUAAAAUUCUCACGGCGGUGCAAAAGUGUUGGGCAUCACAGUUUUCCUUCCAGGCCGUCCAGUAUCGAAGACAGUACGGCCAACCUGUGGAAUCCUCCAUGGCGGUGGUGGUGCAAGAAGUAGUUCCCGCCGGAAGUGCAGGUGUGGUGUUCAGUCGAGAUCCCAUCACUGGAAACCCAGCACAGAUUGUCAUCAACGCAAACUUCGGACUUGGUGAGUCCGUGGUUGCCGGUGUGAGCGAAGCCGAUACCAUCACACUGACGGUGGACGACCAGAAGGGCUUAACGAUAAGCGAGAAGAAGAUAGGGAGGAAAGAAGAAGCGAUAUUCGUAGGAGACGAAGGGGGCACCAAAGUGACGUCACUGCCCUCGGCUGAGUCUAUCAGAUGUGCACUCUCAGAUGACACGUGUUUGAAGCUCGGCCGCAUUGCGCUUAUGUUGGAUGAGUAUUUCGCCGACGCCAGGGAUAUCGAAUAUGCAGUGGUGAGAGAUACUGUAUACCUUCUUCAGGCACGUGCUAUAACAACGUUCGAUGUACCGGGCCGAUACGAGCUGCUACACGAGUUUGAUACAGGCAUACCAACCGAUCGAGUCCUCGUCACAACAGGCAAUUUGCAGGAGAUGUGUCCUGGCAGCGUUACGCCAAUGACAUUCACUCACUUCUUUUGGGAAUGUGACCUCAGUUUCCAGCUGGACCAGCUGACACUCGGUAGGCCUGUGAUUCUACCCAACUUCAGAACGGUCUACGUUUUCUAUAACCAGGCAUUCUUCAACUUGACGGACCUGGUUUAUGGUACGACACGAGCCAGCAUGUUCACAACGAAAGAUAUGGGACUUGCGAUCAGCGGCAAAAAUGUAGAAGACAAAGACCUAGAUGAAUCCUGCAGGAUUGUUUCAGACCACCGUCCUCCUUUGCCUGGUUGGCGCUUGCACUUCAACACGCUCAAGUCCAUUAUGAAAUGGUGGGGGAGUCGACAACAUCUGGAAGCUCUCUUAGACCGAGUUUUGCAUACCCUGACUAAGCACUGGACGACUGCGCAAGAGCAGUUUGAUGACAUCAUGGCGAAUAUGAAAUCUGAAAUUGCUCUGGGCACGAUGUACCACCUCCAUGAAGGCAGCAAGACCUUAACCAGCCGACAGUUCAUCAUCGGGAUCCUUAGCAGAGCAUCAAAGGUUAUAAAUGCGAAUGCUGAGGCCGCCAUGUUGCUCUCCUCGUGCCCAGGGGUCGUGAGUGCCGAUGUACCUCUCGCCAUUGAGAGAGUUAGCCGGGCCAUAGUUCACGAAGGGAUGGGCGACACUUUCCAAAAUAUGGCUCCAGAGCAGGCACUAGCUUGGAUCCAGUCUCCCUCCAGUGGGUCGGCCGGAACUGCCUUCGCUGACUUCUUGAAAGUCCAUGGACAUAGGUGCAUCAGGGAGGUUGAGAUGCGAGAGAAAUCCUGGGGGAUGGAACCAGUCCAAACAAUACCGAUUUUACAGGCUAUUUUAGCGUCUGGUUCCCUCUCAACAUCCACAAACAAGACGUAUCUGAGUGCUGAGGAGGCUGUCUCCCGACUCAAUGUUCCCCUUUCGAAGAUAGUAAGGCUGCUAAUGGUCAAAUUACUCGUUCCUUGGGCCCGCAAGUCUGUCGCCAAACGAGAAUAUAGUAAGUCUAUGGUAAUACGACUGAAUCACCACAAGAAGGAAGCUUACUGGAGACUUGCAAGACUCAUGGUCAGAGAGGGCCGCCUUCCUGAGGAGGAUUUGUUGUUUUUCUUCACACCUACCGAGAUCGGUCGUUUACUCAAGUAUAGAUCACCCGCUCUCGUUUCCAGGGCUCUACGGAGGCGUCGUAUCCUGCCCGAGCAGAACCAGUUCAGGUUCCCGCUCAUCUUCAAUGGAAUACCGCAACCGAUUUCUGAAGAAGCAAAGUCGGACAGUGCUGAAAUUCAGUUGCAAGGUUUGCCCAUCAGUCCAGGGGUUGUAAAAAGCACAGCCAGGGUCGUCAAAACUCUGCAGGAUGCGGCCAGCAUACAGCGAGGAGAUAUUCUAGUCACAAGAAUCACAGACAUUGGUUGGAGCCCAUACUUCCCUCUCAUUAAGGGUCUGGUGACAGAGAUAGGUGGAAUCAUGUCUCACGGUGCUGUUGUCGCUCGUGAGUACGGCCUGCCUUGCGUUGUCAAUGUCCAGCGGGCUACCGUUGUCUUCCAGUCAGGUGACGUUGUUCUCCUCGAUGGAGGCAAGGGGACCAUCUGUAAAAUACAGAGCGAUGAGGACUGAACGCGUCUUGUUAGGGAUGGAUGCCCUAUACAGUUCAUAAGCGGAAUGAAUACCUUAAUAUAGUUUCCUGGCUUUGAAGUUGAGGAGGAGGCCCGACUGUUGUUCCACGGCCAUAUUGGAUGAAUAUUUUCCUAUUAAUUUUUCCUCGGAUGUGCAUUGUCAGUGGCAAAUGAAUUCCGCUUGUGAGAUGUUUGUCGGUUUGGAUUUUACUGUGAAACAAAAAAAUUCUGGAAAUUAUUCUCGAAUUUCAGUCUGGUGCUUGAGAUUAGUGAAAGCAAUUGUUAGUGGCAAAUGAAUUCCGCUUGUGAGAUGUUUUUCGGUUUGGAUUUUACCAUGAAACGAAAUUUUGGAAAUUAUUUACGAAUUUCAGUCUGGUGCGUGUGAUUAUUGAAAGCAACGAACAUGCGUUGAAAUUAUGAUUUAAAUCGCUCGUUUUUAAAGCAUAGGGCCUAUAUAUCGACACCCCAUCAGCACACUGGUUAUAAAUUUCGUGCACAUGUUUUUUUUUCAAGGGGGCGCCACAAGAAAAUGCGCUGUAGCUACUAUAGCUUUUGUUCACAGAUUGGGGGGGGCACCAGGGGCAGGGGCAUCCUCUGGGGGGGCACGUGGCCCCUGUGGCCCCCCAAGUUUCGCUACUGAUUCUACCAUGAUAAAUCAAGCUUUGACAUUGAAAGUAAAGACUGUGAACCAUUUGCCUUCUGUAGCAAGGAGUUUUUCUCUAAAGGCAACAAUUGCUCCGUAGAUAGGUCCAGUGCAUUUGAAAUUCUGAUAUUUGUGUUCCCACUUGCAUAUGUAUUGUCUGAAUGAAGACAUUUUCUCAUUAAGCGAUAAUAGUAAUUAUUCCCACAUUUCUUAGUAGGUAGUUUAAAGUACUUUGGACAUGCAUAGAUUUAAUACCUUUGAGUAAGCCGUUGCUGUAAACUUUGAAAUACAAUUUCCUGUCGGCCGCCUUCAUGCUUCUGUUAUGUUUACUGCUGCAUAGAAUUCCAUUGCAAACUUAGCCACUUCAGGAUCUUCACCUGACUACUAUUGACCAAUCAACUGUAGAGCUGUCAAACUAUUUCAUGAAUAUGCAAUUAACUGUAGCAGAGCUGUUCCUGCAAUCUGCAAUCCUGGCCAAAUCUCGUUGGGCCCCCAACUCCAGGCCCCCUCUUAAUAAUUGAGUAUCAAUGCGCGGGGAUUAGGGGCCUGGGGAGGGUAACUAUGUCUGCAUUGAUACGAGUCCCAACAAUUUUGGCCAGGAUAGAAGAAUAUCAUCUGAUCUAUGAUGUGGACUGCAGAUCACAUCUCUUAGUAUACUGCGCACGGAAACUGAUGUUAUGCUAAUUAGAAUUACCUAACUCUCCACGCCGUGAACUUAUCUUACACAAGUCAUGCAGAACUCACUGUAUACUUGUCACCUAUCACAGGAUGUUAUAUCACUGUAAUAAAAUAACGAGCAAACCAGCACUGAAAAUACCUACCUAUUCGACGAAACAUGAGCCACGAUGUUUUAUGAUGUGACAUGUUGUGUGGAUGUAGUAGUAACUUUACACUGCAGGGCCUUGACCCCGAGGAUUAAGAGGGUCAAAGUCUUGGCCUCGAGGUUCAAAUUCUUUAGUCCAACACUGGCUUGUACUCAGACUGACAUAUGUGAAAUGGAAUUUGAAUAUUCAUUAACAAUCCCAUUUUGCA